CUAAGAUUUUUGAUUAGUUGUUAUUGUUGAAGCUUUGAAAAUGGCGAUCACCAGAAUUGCAGUUGGGACACCCAGAGAAGCAAGCCAACCUGAUGCUCUCAGGGCAGCUCUUGCCGAGUUCAUCUCUAUGGUUAUCUUUGUCUUCGCCGGUGAAGGCUCCGGCAUGGCUUUCAAUAAGCUCACUAGCGACGGAUCAACGACGCCGGCCGGUCUUGUUGCGGCAGCUUUGGCUCAUGCCUUCGCACUGUUUGUUGCAGUGUCUGUGGGAGCUAACAUUUCAGGUGGACACGUUAACCCAGCUGUGACCUUUGGAGCUUUUGUUGGUGGACACAUAACACUGUUGAGAGGGAUCUUGUACUGGAUUGCACAGUUGCUUGGAUCCAUCGUCGCUUGCUUGCUUCUUAAGUUCGCCACCGGUGGAUUGACAACCUCGGCAUUCUCCCUAUCAACUGAUGUGAGCGCAUGGAAUGCUGUGGUGUUCGAGAUAGUGAUGACCUUUGGGUUGGUCUACACAGUUUAUGCCACUGCCGUGGAUCCCAAGAAGGGCAGCCUGGGAACCAUUGCUCCCCUUGCCAUUGGUUUCAUCGUGGGUGCCAAUAUCUUAGCCGGUGGAGCCUUCGAUGGUGCAUCAAUGAACCCAGCCGUUUCCUUUGGACCCGCUGUGGUCAGUUGGACAUGGACCAGUCACUGGGUCUACUGGGUUGGUCCACUAAUUGGUGCUGGACUUGCUGCUCUUAUCUACGACAACAUCUUCAUUGGCAGCAACACCCAUGAGCAACUCCCCACCACAGAUUAUUAGAAUUGAAUGGAAUUUGUGUUCAGAUCAAGAAGUUGGUCUCUGU